UACGUGUGCCUGAGGUUGAUGAAAAAUACCCAACCAGUUAUAAAAAUUAUAUUCGGCUUAUUAGUCUGUAAAAUUACACAAACGAAUGUCUAAAUAUAUCUUGUCAUUACUUCGCUUUUACAUUGCGAGGAGGCGAGUUUGCUUAAAAAGUGAGACCCCGGCGCUGACAGCUCUGCGGACGCUGCCGUCGGUUAACUGUCACUCGGGUCCCGAUGUUUUACAACUGCGCGAGCAAAAAGAAACACCCAAAAAACAGGUAACAAAAAGGCCCAAAAAAGAAAGAUUGCCAUGUCAGCCAGUGCUGGAUUGCUUUGACCAGCAGUACAGCCAGGAACUUGGAGACUUAUGGGAACCUGCAAGAGCAGUGCUUCUGGACCCUCACUCUUGGCAGUAUGGAGUUAUGCUCAACCGCUUCAGCACUGUGACAGGCAUCACACAGAUUCUUCAAUCACAGGGAUUUUCCACAUUGCUGCCACAAACAGAUGACUCUGCAUUGCUUCCUAAUGGCUCCUCGACAACAUCAGAUUCAAAACACAAAGCAGAAGACUCUCUGUUGCUUUCUGACAACAUCUCCAAGUGCCAUCCUAAUGACUCCCACCUCCAACCUGACAGCACCUCUCAUGUGCUCAGUCAAGACCCUCAACCAGAGCCGUCACUCAGUUUGUCCGGUACGACAUUACAGUGUUACAUCCAUCCAUAUCUUCUGCGGUUUCCCUCUCAGGCUCACAGGCCUGGCCAGCUGAAACACUACUACCUCCUGAAUGCUGCCUCGCUGCUUCCAGUGCUGGCUUUGCAAGUCAAAGAUGGAGAGAAGGUUUUGGAUCUCUGCUCUGCCCCCGGGGGCAAAGCUUUAGCCAUAAUGCAGUGUGCCACCCCAGCACUUCUCUGCUGUAAUGAACCAGACCCUCACAGACGGGACUGGCUGGCAAAAACCCUGGAGUCUUUUCUGCCCCGCUCACUAAUCAGCAGUGUGAUUGUGUCUGCACAAGACGGACGGUCUUUUGGGCAAAGUGAAGCAGGAACAUAUGACAAGGUUUUAGUUGAUGCUCCAUGUUCUAAUGACAGGAGCUGGUUGUAUUCUGGCAGCAGCCAGCAGGGGGUACAGAGACUGCGGGAAAGAGCCAGGCUGCCUGCGCUCCAGGCUCAACUGCUUCGGUCUGCACUGUCAGCGGUGCGUCCAGGGGGCGUUGUGGUCUAUUCAACCUGCACUCUGUCCAGCUCUGAGAACUGUGCCGUGGUUAAGACAGUGCUGAAGGACUGUCCUGAGGGUGUACCUGAAGACCUAUGGGAGGAGAUUGCCAUUCCUUUAUCAAAAUACUUUACGUUUCAUCCUGCUAACCCUGGUCAUGGACACACACCUCACAAGCCAGCCCUGCAGCCACAGAACAGCACUUCGUCCUCUUAUCGCCACAGACUCGGCAUUUUAGUGGUCCCUCAGCCUGGCAAGACCUGGGGACCCAUGUUUUUGUCUCGGAUUAGAAGAAGGCAGUAGUGUGGAUCCAUCUAAGCAGAAAAUAUAUGUGGAAACAAGUGGCUAAGCAAAUACGUUUCUUUUGUAAGACUUUUGUCAUUUGCAUGUUUUUUAAAGAUGCAAAUGCUUGUAAAACAAACUGACAAAUGUACUAAUUAAAUUUUAGCACACUGAAAACUCUACACAGUGCCAGCCUGUGGCAUCUAAAGAGGAGAAAAUUAACAGCAGUUGUAUAAACAGGUGGAUGUUAACAUGUGAAUGACUGUUUACAUGCCCAAAAUACUCUAGUUUUUGCCCUUAUUCUGAAAAAGACAACUCCAACUAAGCUGUUUACAUGACUAAUGAAAUUAUUCCACUAAUGUUCCUUUUUACAUAAAGCUGUAUUUCCUGUGAUUAUCGUGUUCUAACAUCUUUUUUUAUCACGUCAAAAUAUGAAAAAGUGCAGUGAUUAUCACUUGUGCCAAGGUUUUUUAAACAGUUUAAACCAUGCAAACACAUUCUCUCUUUCAUUUUUUUCAGUUUCAACCACCCUCUUUCAAAGGUCAAUGUGACAAUAUUUGCGCCUGCCGAAAAGCUGUUGAUGUCCAAGUCUUUGAUAAUGUUUAAAAGUGGGUUUGUUUCUCCUUCAGACCAGAAAUGUGGGAUUUUCUUUGUUCAUGCAUCUCUACCCCACAGCCUCGAAAACAGCUGGGUUGUGUGCAAUGUAUCCAUGACAAUGUACAGAGUUGAUUGUGUACAAGCAAGAGGUCAGGUGUCGCAAACUGCCAUAAAAACUGCAAUUGAGACACAUAUUUCAGAUGCACUGUAUACAUGUACAAAGAAUGCUGCUAAAGCCCAAAUAAUACUGGCAUAUCCUAUGUCCUAUUCAGAAAAUGCUACAUUUGCAACAAGGCCUAAUUUGGAAUAACCAAACAGGACUAAUGUUUACAUGACCCAUAUCAAAUUCAGAAUAUUGUCAUAUUCUGCCCUCUUGGCUAGGUCACUCUUGGAAAAGAGAUUUUUAAUCUCAAUGAGUCUUUUACCUGGGUAAAUAAAGGAUAUAUAUUUAUAUAUUUAUAUAUAUAUAUAUAUAUUGGGAAUAAUAGUGGAAUAUUACCGUGCAUGUAAACAUCGUCAAGGUUUCAACAUGCAAGCACAGAUGAUAUGUCAAUGUGGUGCUCACAACUUUUUUUUUAAUGCCCCCAAGUGACCAAAAGAAGAACCAGCAAUUACAGGUUCAAUUGUUUUCUCUUAGCUUCUACAACCCAACUCCUUUUUAUGUAUUUUUUUAUCAUUAUUAUUCAUUGUUUCUGACAAUUAUGGAAACUGCUGAUACUGCUGAUGUGCAAUGAGACAAUAUUGACUGAACAAGUGCUUAACAUUAACUAUUGUUUGUCCUAGUUGUAUAAUAAAAUUGAUAA